AUGCGGGUCUCGCUUGCACGGCAGCUGCAAACCAGUUUAAGGCUCCUUAAUAGCAGCAGGAAUGGUGCCGGCGGUGAGCUGAAGGCGGUCGCUGAGGACCUAUACUUGCGUCCCAGCGAAUGGAAGGGGUUGAAAACUCCUCAACUGCUGCAGCUACACGCGGAGCGGCAGGCGCGGCUUGGAGCACAGUACCGCGCGUCGGAAGAGGAAAUAGACGCGCUGCUGCCAAGCGCUAAGGACCUUGGUAUUCCGGAAAAGGUCUUCCGCCGCUACAUAAAUGCGCCAGUCCAAGAACUAGAAAGAAAACUGGGGAUCACCAAGAAGCCGGCUUAUGACAACAUCAAAGAAUAUGAGUACGAUGAGUUGCCCACGCUGGCGCACACGUUGGUAGACCAACAUCGGGAGCAACGGUUCUACAACAGGCUGGCGGCGUACGAGCUGCCCCUGCUGGUUCAAUACAGACAGGAGUACCGCCCGCCUUCCCGGAAGACACAGCCAGUCCUGUACCGGUACACUACUUACAUUGGAGAAGAGCACCCUAACUCGCGGAAGGUCGUCUUAUCGGUGCUGACGGCAGACCUUGGAUUGAACGAGGCCCAACUGCAUAAACUGCGCUUGUUGGCCAGGACGCGCUAUGACCACACCACCGACAUACUGAAGAUGUCAAGUGAUCGAUACGAACACGCUGCUCAGAACGCUCGCUACCUGGCGGAUAAGCUGCAGGCAUUGAUUAAUGAAGCCAGCGACCUCACCGAUGACUUCAGUGAUGUUCCGCUAGACACAAGGCACACUGAAGCUCGGCUUGCACGGAAGAACAAGAAGAUCCCCGAAUUUCCAGAGUCAUGGAAGCGCCCACAGGAUGCACCACCUAAAACCGUGAACGUCAUUGAGAAACUAAUGCAAAACUUAUAA